CAUGUCCAAUGUUCAGUGUUUGGUCUGAGGGUCAGCUGCAAGUCAAGUUGAAGUGGCUCUAGCAACAGAGACGAUGCCAGCUGUGUUAGUGGUGCACGGUGGCGCAUGGGCCAUACCUGAGGACCUGGCCUCCGCCUCUGUCAGUGGAGUUAAAGCUGCAGCGUGUGAGGGCUUUUCUGUGCUGAAGAAAGGAGGAAGUGCUCUUGAUGCUGUAGAGGCAGCAGUGAGAUCUCUGGAAGACAACGACGUGUUUAAUGCAGGGCACGGAGCAGUACUUAAUAGUGAAGGAGAGGUGGAGCUUGAUGCCAUUAUAAUGGAUGGGAAGACACUUGGAAGUGGUGCAGUCUCUUCAGUGAAAAACAUUAGCAACCCAGUGUCACUUGCACGUGCUGUAAUGGAAAAGACAGAUCAUAUGAUGUUGACAAGCAGAGGGGCAAAUCUGUUUGCUGAGAGCAUUGGAAUGGCCACAAUUUGUACAGAGGAACUAGUGUCUGAGUUUGAAAGAAAAGAAUGGGAGAAACACAAGAAUUAUGCGACUGGGAUUAAGGAGGAUUUCAAUGCAAAAUGGGCCCAUGAUACUGUCGGAGCAGUGGCUGUGGACUCUACUGGAAAUGUUGCCUGUGCCACAUCUACUGGAGGCAUCAGAAAUAAAAUGGUUGGCAGAGUGGGAGACUCCCCAUUGAUUGGCUGUGGGGGAUAUGCAGACAAUUAUAGUGGUGCUGUGUCAUGCACUGGCCAUGGAGAGAAUAUUCUCAAAGUUACUUUAGCCAGAACUAUUAUUUCACAUAUGGAACAAGGAAAACCUGCAGCAGAGGCCUCAGAGUUAGCCCUGAAGUACAUGGGAGAUCGGGUCCAUGGAGCUGGUGGUGCCAUCGUGGUCACUCCAUCAGGGCAGUGGGCUGCUACAUUCACCACAGAGAGGAUGGCCUGGGCAGCUGUAGAGAAUGAUACAUUAUGGUACGGUCUAAAUCCUCAAGAAAAAUUUCAAGCACCUUUAACUUGAGAGAUUUUUACAUAUUUGAAUUUUGUAAAAUUAAACUGUAAUGUUUUUUGCUUAAUAGCUCAAAUAUUUUAACAGUUUCAAGAUUAUAUUGACUACAUAGGCCAUAUGUAUAUUUUUCCAAUAAGUGCAUGUCCUUACACUGUAAUAAA